AUUGUAACAUUGAGUGAGUAAUCAACAUAAAGAUUGGAGAUUGAGAUUGUAAAAUAACAAAAACAUAUGAAUGGUUUGGUUUUCUUGUGCAUAAAAAGAAGUGGAAGAAGAGGAAACGUCUUCUUCUCUUUGGAAGUAUUAUGAUCAAUUAGCUCCAAUCCUCCAACCUUAGUUUCUCAGACAGAAAAUUGUUUUUAAAGCAUUUACAUUGAAACAAUCCCUCUCUUCAACUCUUCUUUUCGUUCGUAAUGAGCAGUUCACAUCUGAUCUUCUGUAGCUGGUUAUAAAUUCUGCCAAGUCACUCUAUCCCCUUUCCGGGUCUUCAGAAAAUCGGAUAUCUAAGAAAUGGGACGGCGCCUGAAAAUCUGUUGCGGGGUGUUUGCUGUUUUGCUCCUGAUAAUCACGGUGACCAUCCUAGUUCUCUAUUUCACCAUCCUGAAGCCCAAGCAGCCUAUAAUGACCUCUCAGCCCGUCAUGCUCGAGCACUUCACGGGAAAUUUGCAGGGACAGAUAAAUGUGACACUGGGGAUCACUGUCACAGUCUAUAACCGGAACUAUGGGAGCUUCAGAUAUAACGAUUCCACCACUCACAUAACUUACCGGGCAACAGAGGUCGCGGAUGCCCCAAUAAAGAAAGACAACAUUCCGGCUCGGGCGAGGCAUAACAUAAGCACGUCUGUGAACGUGUUUGUAGAUAAGCUGGCACUGGUUCCGGGUUUCGGGUUUGAUUUGCUUAGCGGGGUUGUGAAUGUGACCGCAUCGACAACCUUGCAUGGCCGUGUGAAGGUGCUCAAGCUCUUUAAGACUAAGGCAACAACUGAGAGUACAUGUGACGUCUCCAUCUUCCUGAUCCAACAGAGAGCCGAGUCUGUUUGCAUAGUUAAAGUCAAGUUCUGAAGGCCUUCCGACACUUUGAUUUUUCUUUGGAAAAAGGUUCAGUUUGGUCCUCAACAUUUUAUGUUUCUUCUAUUUUCACUCUUUUUUGGGAUAAAACAAAACUUGUGCUCAACCUACUCCAAUGGUGUCACUAUUAAUCCUCCGGUAAAUUUUCCGUCAAUUCUUUUAACCUUUUCAUCCAAAAAUCACUUUUAACUUAAAAAUUAUUUUUAAAAAUGAAAAGAAAAACAAAAUGUAAAAGAAAAUGAAAACUUCAAAAACCGAAAAGGGGUGGAGCAACAAAGCCACGAUAAUACCAGCUACCACCCCGUUGAUGUCACAGGCAACCUCGAUGGGGAUGGUGGGCUCUGACGAGGCCCCAACUCCUACAAAAUCAAAAAUCAAAUGUGAUCUCGAUUUUGUAGAGCUGGGUCCUUGCCAGCAGCCUCGACCACUGGCGACUACGAAUUUGGAGGGUGGGGACGUGAGUGGCUGGUGGUGGCCGCGGGCAAAGCCCCACCUCCGCCCUUCCCCUUCUCCAUCCGCUCUUGUUUUAUCGUCUUCCUUUUUUCUCUUUUUUGGGUUUUAUUUAAAAGAUAGAUUUUAUUGAAAAAAAAAAAUUGUUUAUUUCCACAGAAAAGUCAACGUGAUUGACUGGAGAAUUGAAAGGUUGAGGAAAAAGUUUCGACCCUAAGAAAAAGAUAUAUGACAAAAUUGCAAAAAACUUUAAAGAUUGAGGACCAAAACUUACUUUUUUUCGUUUUCGAUUUUUUUUUUCCCUGUUUUUUCUUCGGAGCAGAUUGUUAUGCUGUUGUUACUGCAAUAAAGAUUGGUCAGGAGUUUCACUCAGGAGCAUUUGCUGAUUUCGGAUGCG